AUGUGGAAAAACCAUAUUUCCUCAAGGAACACUACACCGCUGCCCCGCCCACCUCCUGGUAUGACCAACCCCAAACCGUCAUCUCUCUGGAGCAGCACAGCACCCCGAUCAGUCAGGGGGUGGGGGACACAGGACUCGCGGCUUGCCUCGGCCUCUACCUGGAGUGAUGGUGGUUCAGUCCGUCCCAGUUACUGGCUGGUUCUUCACAAUCUCACUCCACAGAUUGAUGGGUCAACAUUGAGAACCAUCUGCAUGCAACAUGGCCCACUGCUUACAUUCCAUCUGAACCUAACCCAGGGCACCGCCCUGAUCCGAUACAGCACCAAACAGGAGGCGGCCAAGGCCCAGACCGCACUGCACAUGUGUGUGUUGGGAAACACUACCAUCCUGGCUGAGUUUGCCACCGAUGACGAAGUUAGCCGCUUUCUGGCACAAGCUCAGCUCCCUACACCUGCAGCAACCCCAAGUGCACCCGCCACAGGUUGGCAGUCGCUGGAGACCGGCCAGACCCAGUCAGAUCCCAUCGGACCGGCUCUGAAUCUUUUCGGUGGGUCCACAGGGCUCGGGCAGUGGAGCAGCAGCGCUGGUGGCAGCAGCGGGGCCUAUCUUGCUGGAGCUUCGUUGUGGGGGCCCCCAAACUACUCUUCUAGCUUGUGGGGAGUCCCAGCUGUGGAAGAUCCCCAUAGGAUGGGCAGCCCUGCUCCCUUACUACCUGGUGACCCUGGAGGAGGGUCGGAUUCAAUCUGA